AGAGAGUUAAGUGAACACUAGACAGAGUCGCACUCACUUGGAUUUAUUCACAGAAGAGGAGAGAAGAGAGAGAGUGAGAGAGGGACAGCUAAGAUCUAUCUCACGUCCCACAGAAAACGAGAUGGCCGACUCCAGCAGCAGUAAACCUUUCAUGGUGACCUCUUCCGUUUCCCUCCAAAUGUCUGCUCCUUCCUUCUACAACCAACCAAAGAAGUUUGCUUCUGUGGCUCCGCCCCGCCCCAAAGGACAGACCGCCCAAUCAUCAGUAGCAAGCACAGCUGUGAUUGGCCGGGUUGGAGAGGCACCUCCUCCCCCAACAGCAUUUUCAGAAGACUUCCCACCCCCUCCUCCUCCAUUGGACGAUUCAGACCUGCCAGCUCCUCCCCCAGAAUGUCAGACCACACCCCCCGCAUCUGAUGCACCUCCUCCUGCAUUCCCCGCCCCUCCCCCCGUGGCAGAAGACCUGCCUUUCCCAGCACCUCCCGAGGAGGUCACCUCGGUGCCUGGCGACACUCCUGCACCUCCCCCUCCACCUCCUCCCCCACCCCCACCUCCUCCCGCAUCCAGCUCCAACAACAACUUCAACCAGAGGCUGUUGGAGAAACAGACCAGUUUUGACAGACAGUUGGACUCUUUGACUGACUUGUUGUCAGAGAUGGAAACCAGAGGACCAUUUAACCCAAAGCCUAGCCAGUUCUCUGCAGCACCUCCACCUGCAUCCAAGCCUGCUGCCCCGCCCACUGCCCCCAAACCCGCCCUGUCUUUCCUGCCUCCGCCUGAGCUUCAGGACCGCCCACCCCCUGCCCCCUGGGCCGAGGAGCUGCGUGCCCGGACGACACAAAGACAGGCCAAUCAGAGCCCAGCAUCUGCCGCCAGUCCCGCCCCAGCUGCGCAGCCAUUGGCUAAGGGCCCAGCCGUGGCUCCAAAGACCACCUUCCCAUCCAGUCAACCUGGGUCCAACUUCGGUCCGAAAGUUGGAAACUCCGCCCCCUCUACGGGCACGUGGGGUUCCAACCACACCCCUAAACCCGCCUCCUCCAGCUCUUUCCCGCCUCCUCCCCCCUCGGCUCCUGCCCCUCCGACUAGCACACCUGCUGCGCCAGCUUUCAAUCACUCUAAAGCGUCUCCCAUUGGCAGUCAGGACAAUGUGGCCCAGCCCCCUGCCGCUGUAUCGAAACCCAUGACAUCGCCCAUCUCGUCGUACAGUCAGCCAAUGGCAAUGCCAGCUGCACCAAAGGCGUCUGGAGCUGGGACAGGACCUGGUGGAGUUCCCCUGUCUAUGAGAGAAGUGGAAGAGCUGGAGAGAAUGACCAAGGAUUUUAUCAAAGACAUGGACACACACCCCCCUGUCAUUACCUCACCACCCUCAGAGGUGUGUGGUAAGUGUGGCCAGGCGCUCUCUCGUUCUCAGCCUGCUGUGAGAGCCAUGGACAAACUCUUCCACUCUCAGUGUUUCUGCUGCAUGUCCUGUCAUCGCCCCCUGCAGGGCAUGCAGUUUUAUGACCGCAACGGCACGCCACAGUGCGAGGACUGUUACACGAGCUCUCUGUCGGCAUGCUCGCGGUGCGGAGAGAAGAUAACUGACCGCGUUUUAAAAGCGGUGGGAAAAUGUUUCCACGCCCACUGUUUCCGAUGCACCUCAUGCAGCUGCAGCCUGGAAGGGGCGCCCUUCAUCACCGAUGACAAUAACAACCCUUACUGCGUCCCUGACUACCAUCGUCGUUUCUCUCCACUCUGUGUGAGUUGUAACGAGCCCAUCGUCCCUGACCCCGGAAGUGAAGAGACCGUCAGGGUCGUUGCCUUGGAGAAGAACUUUCACCUCAAGUGCUACCGAUGUGAGGAUUGUGCCCGCCCCCUGUCCAUAGAGGCGGAUGCUGAUGGCUGCUACCCAUUGGAUGGGAGGAUUCUGUGUAUGAAGUGCCACACCCAGCGUGCCAAACAGGCCAUGCAUUGA